CGAGGAACGUGAUUUCCAGGGUGGAAAUCACUUUGACCGGUAUGACGAGGGCCAGUUGGAGUUGGAACAGGCCUCCCUGGACAAGCCCAUAGAACCGUGUCUGUGUAGGACAGUAAUUUCAGAUAUUUACAGUAUUGUACACAACUUGGGGUGUUCGACAUUUCUCUCCUGCAGCGAAUUGGCCCCAAUUAGCUAAGCAGCUCUGACCCGGCCAGGGUUUAAAAGCCAGGAUAACAUUGGCCAUCGGCUACUUCAGAAACAUGGCUGGAAGCUGGGACAAGGCCUCGGCAAAACGAUGCAGGGACGCACCGACCCUGUACCCAUCAUCGUCAAAUAUGAUGUCAUGGGGAUGGGACGCAUGGAAAUGGAGCUGGACUACGCUGAAGACGCAACAGAGAAGCGGCGAGCAUUGGAGGUGGAGAAAGAGGACACAGAGGAGUUGCGGCAAAAAUACAAGGAUUACGCCGAGAAAGAGAAAGCCAUUGCCAAGGCGUUGGAAGACCUGAGAGCGAAUUUUUACUGUGAACUAUGUGAUAAGCAGUAUCAGAAACACCAGGAGUUUGACAAUCACAUCAACUCUUAUGACCAUGCACACAAACAGAGGCUUAAAGAGCUGAAGCAGAGGGAAUUUGCCAGGAACGUGUCUUCGCGUUCCCGCAAAGUUGGAAAAAAGCAGGAGAAGAUGCUGCGACGUUUACACGAGCUGGCGGAGCAGAGGAAGCAGCAGGAAUGCGUUCCUGGUAGCGGACCAAUGUUCAAGCAAACCACAGUGGCAGUUGACGGAGAAGAAGGUGGCUUCUCAAGCAUCGAUGGUGUUCCUAUGACCCUAGAUAGUGCGACAGAGGAAUCUUCAGGAGAGGAUAAGGGAAACUCUGGCGGUUUUGGUCAAAGCUCCCCAAAACCGGGACCAACCAUCAGUUUCUCCCUUCGCAAGAACACGUCUUCGCCGACACCAAGCGUUGGAUCCAACGCUCCCAAAGUCAGCGUGUCCUUCUCCUUUGCUAAAAAGGCACCUGUCAAACUAGAGACAGCUGCAGCUGUGUUUGCAGACCAUGGAGAGGAAGCAAUAGAAGGAGAAGAGUGCCAGGAAGAAGCAGUUGAGAAAACAACAGGGGAGGAAGGAGGUACAGCAUCCAGCACCGACAGCCCACAGAGUGGAUCUGGUGGCACGGGUGGAGCAGAUGAACAGCCCCAGUCUGACGAUGGAGGGACUCUGGCGUCCACUCUUAACAAGUUAAAUAUGAUGAUGAAGAAAGAGGAAGGUUACUCUGGGCAGGAGCCGGAAUAUUAUCACUAUAUGCCUCCUGCGCACUGUCGGGUAAAGCCUCAUUUCCAGUUUUUGCUCUUCAUGAAAUCCUCUGACCAGUGCAGUAGUCGAGAGGAAGAAGAGGAUGGGGAGGAAGAGCAGGAAGCAGGACAAUCGGAAGCAGAGGUCGAACAGAAAGAGUCUAAAAACAGCGAUUGCAAAUCAGAGGACUCUGUGAGUGAGCCUGUAAAAGAGCCAGAUACAAAUUUGACUUCGUUGCCCAAAGUAGAUACUGAAGUGGUAUCUGAUAACACCCCAGCGAGCAAUGCGGAUUCCUCGAGCACUGGUUCCCAAUUAGUUGAGGCUAAGCAAGUGUUAUCUGAAUCUCAAGACACUGGCCCUCGCAUGCCAACAGACCCUUUUUUUCUUGUUCUGAGUAAAGACGAGAGCACUACAUUACAAUGGCCUUCUGAACUCCUGGAAUUCACUAAGGCUCAGCCUUCACUGUCCUACAGUUGCAACCCUCUGUAUUUUGAUUUUAAGCUGUCCAGGAAUAAAGGCAACAGAGGUGGUAAGGCAAACAAAGCUGGUAAACCAGCUAAUGCUGAUGGUGGAGAGGCAUCUAAGCCAGAAGAUAGCAUUUCCACUGUAGCCACAAGUAGAGAAACUAUCGCAGCACCACCGGGUGUCAACGCUGACAAAAAAGACGAUUCUUCCUUGAAAGAAAGGACGACAGAUCAUGAGAGCAAAGACAAGAAGCUAGAAAACUCUGAAGAUGCAGUAGGAGGGUCUAAGAAAAAGAAAAAAAAGAAGAAACACAAGAAGUCAAGCAAGAAAGCCAAACAAAAGGCUAAAGAGAAAGUAGAGGGUGAGAUGGAGACUGAGACACCAGGGGAGAAGAGCAAAAAGAAAAAGAAACACAAACGGAAGAAAAACAAAGCACGGGCAGAGGACGACGUGAAAGCAGGAGAAAAUAAAGACCAGAAAGACACAGAUGAAAAAGGUGGAACCAAUUCCUCUGCACAGCCUACAGGAGGAAAUUUGACUUCAGAUGGAGGAAAAAGAAAACGGCCCCAUAAAGAACUGUCGCAAAGGGCAGGUCCUCAAGAGGGCAGCACAGCAAAGUCCAACUCUUUAGAAGAGCACAGUGCUACAAAACGUCCCAAACCUGACCCGAGCACAUCAGGUGCGUCCUGCUCUGCUUCUGCCCAGAAGAGCACUGCGGGUGGUCGCCCCCCAACAAGUGAAAGCGACGAAGAAGGAGGCUCUGCGUCUCAGCGCUCACGCCGUCCUCACCGUCACGCUACCCCUCCACGUGAACAUCGGCACCACAGCGAGGACUCCGGACAGUCGGGUCGCUCACGAAGCCGUUCCACUCACAGAGGAGAUCGUAAUCAUCGGCGCAACAGAGGUCAAGCGUCUCGCAGUUGGUCGUAUUCAAGCAGUUCGGAACGUUCCUCGGCAGGAAGCAGCGCUUACAGUCGCCGCAGCCACAGCUACUCUGAUAGCUACAGUGACUACAGCAAUGGAGAACAUCACCGCAGGACAAAAAGACGGUCUUCAGACUCUGAAUACGACAGGAGAGGGGGUGGGCGGUCACAUAGACGGCAUUACUCCUCCUCGUCCUCAGAGGAAGACUCUCGUUCUCGGUCACGCUCGCACAGUCGCAGGAAGCACCACAGACGACAUCAUCGCAGCAGCAGCCGCAGUUACAGUCGGAGCAGCAGGAGCAGCAGCGCUCGCUCGUACAGACGCGGCAGCUACAGCCGGAGUCGGAGCUCUGCCAGUCGCUCGUCCAGCUCCACUAAAGGCUCACCGCACCGACACAGUCACAACCGACGAGCUGACAGCUCUUCGCGGCGGCGCAACUUUAACCGCUCUCGCAUCUACCAGUCGCAGUCUCUGAGGUCUUCCUCAUCCCGUGCACAGCCACAAACCAGCCAUUCGACUCAAGCAACUAAAGGAAGCGGCGGAGGAGGAGGUGCUUCAGAGCAUCGGAACACACUCACUGCGCGACAGCUUCUCGAAAAAGUACAGUCUCGCAAGGGCGGCGAAGAGUCAGGAACCAAACCAGGCAACAAAAUUAAGGACCCCCCACAGGGCUACUUUGGGCCCAAGCUCCCCCCUGUUCUUGGAACCAAAAACAUGUUGCCCCUAUUCGGUAAACUGCAAGCAGGGAAGAAACCUCCAUUACUUUCUGUAAUGCGAACGGACGAUGGGGAAAAGUCAGGACUUGGAAAGGGCUCCGAUACAAGUAACGAGGUGAUCCUUGUCGAGCCAAUCCGCGAGUUUCCACCUCCACCCCCACCCCCUCCUCCACCGGUCCAGCAACAGCAGCAACAACAGGUGGAGGAGACGAUCUCAAAUACCGUGGUCUCCGAUGAGACCAGAGACCAAGUCUCAGAACCCCAAGUACUUCAUGAUCAACGGUCAAUUUUCGGGCAGGAAUCAGCUGAAGUGAUGCCUGCAUACCAAGUUGAGCCUGGCCAAGACCCCAACAACCCAAUGAUGGACGGGUGUAUUCUGGGACCUGACAUGGGCCAGCAAACAGCCAUGCAUGCCUAUCCAGGCUACACGGUCCCCACUAUGGAGGAGGAGGAUAUGGGCAUGGAAGCCGAAGAGGACGGCUUGGCACCGCUGGAGAGCCAGCCGAUCACAUUUACCCCAGAGGAGAUGGAGAAAUACAGUAAGCUUCAACAAGCUGCCCAGCAACACAUCCAGCAGCAGCUUCUAGCGAAACAGGUGAAAACUUUCCCGUCGGCCGCGGCCGCUGCAGCAGCAGCUAACCUGGCUGCUGCCGCCAGCCUUAUGCCUGCACCUCCUCCACCGCCUGCUGCUCUGCAACCGAUCCACAUUCAGCAGCCUGCUGUGUCUGCGAGUUCAGCCACGUCUAUUACAACGGUGCAACACGCCAUCCUGCAGCAUCAUGCAGCUGCCACAGCGAUGGGACUCCACCAUCAUAAUCCACACCAUGCUCACCAUGCUCACGCCCAGCUUGCCCAAGUGCACCAUAUACCCCAACACCACCUCACCCCUAUUUCUUUGUCACCUUUGGGCCACACAUUAGGUCAUACUUUAAGCCACUCAAUAGGGCCCACUGGUCUGAUUUCAGCCCACCAUUCUGCCUUUCUCCCUGGCCAGCCAAUCCACAUAAUCCCAGCAUCUGCACUCCACCAUGCCCCAUUAGCUUUACAUCAUGUCCCCCAUGCCCUUUAUCCCACUCUUUUCGCACCACGGCCAUCAGCUGCAGCUGCAGCAGCAGCUCUGCAGCUCCACCCUCUCCUUCACCCCAUUUUUUCAGGGCAAGACCUUCAGCACCCUCCUAAUCAUGGUUCCUGAGAUUACCUACCUUUAUUUGGUAGCCUUGCUUCUUUUUAUUAGCCGUCUUUCCAUCAGUGGUAACCUCUCAAAUAUAAUAUUCGUUGGACAAUCAACAGUAAAAAAAUAAAUAAAUAAAUAAAAAUAAAAAAACAACCUACGAUUUAGAAAAAAACGUGACACAUGCUCUGAAAUACCCGAUAGUUUUCCCGACGAUUAUGAAUUUGAGGAUUUCUUACAAAUUGAGAUUUUUGCAGCUAUAAAACCCACCACUGGAUUUUUUUUUUUGAUUUAUAGAAUUAAAAAAAAUAUUCUUCAUGGUCUUAUUUUCAACCCUGCAGCCAAAGAGACUUACUGUGGACAGUCAAGUUGCAGGCAUAUAAUCAGGAUUUAUUGUUAAACAGAUUUUCUCCUCCAAGUGAAGCACCAAAACCAGAACAGGAAUUAUGAGAGGGAUUAAAAGCCAUAUUUCAUACCUAAUGCAACUGUAAAAGGUUUGUGAUUAAAAAGAUUUAAAAUAAAUGAAAUACAAAAAAAAAAAAUCCAUGAGGAAAAUGAAGAAAACCGAACACAACUGAGGCGCUUAACAAAACCUCGAUGUCGGAAGAUGUUGACGUUCGUUCUGUUACACUGUCUUGGGUGUCCCCUUAUGCUCUGAUGGACCUAAGUUGCACUGAAAAAUGGACAUCGAGAUGCUGCUUUCGCAUCAUGUAAGAACUGUAUGAUUGUAGUACUCUGCAAUAAUUUUAUUUUUUAUUUGAUUUUAAAUUAUUUUCCAGGUUUGUUUUUUUUUUUUGUUUGUUUUUUUUCUGAGCUUUUCCUUGUGUAAUUAAUUCUUUGUAAAUAGAUAUCAUAAAGUAUUGUAAAAUAAGACAACUUUGUAACUGUUUAAAAUUAGUACAAAAAAAAGAAUGAAUGGACAAAGAAAAAUAAACAGAGGGCAGGAAAAGAUUUGAUCAGGGUUGGUACAAUAGAGCUGAAAAAACCUGCUGUAACUGGUGUGGUCAUGGGGCAGGUCUGAUGCACAGGGAUUCGUUUUGGGGUUUGGGGCGAUGUUACGUUAUACAUUGCGUAAGUGGAAGCAAAUAUAUUCACUUUUUUAUUCUUUAUUGAUGUGAUGGAAAAUAAAGCAGUUUGAGACCUG